AUACAGUUUUAUGGUGAAUGCUCUUAUUCUCGAAAAUAUUAGUAACUUUAAAACAUUUUAUUCUAUAAUUGUUGUUGUUACAUAAAGUUGGUUAUUUGUGUUUUAUACCGUUACGUUAUAUUAUUAUGAAAAAAAAGUUAUAGAGAAUUGCUUUAUUACUAUUAGUCUGCAAAGUUCGAACUCUUUCUACAAAUCAAACAAACCUUAAGGUUAAGAUAAAACCAAAUAGGUACCCAACCAUAGUAAAUAAUAGAAUAAUAUCAAUUAUAUGAAAUUAUCCAUUUGUGUUACCAGAUAGUAGUUGUAAACCGACUUCCAUUUACUUACUGUCGUAAGAUGUUAGAUCAAGAGAACGAAAUGAUGAACAGCAAAAAUGAAGACGUAACACCACCAAAAGUAGCAAAACUACACAUCAUGUCUAUGGCAAACAGCGACGAUGAUACUGAUGAUGAUGAAAAUGAUGAAAAUUUAACAUACGAACAACUUCGAGAAAAAAGAAUGAGGGAAAAUAUGGAUAUGUUUGAAUUUACGGGAGUGAAUGAAGCUGCUACUGCUUUGGCAAAUACUUUGAAAAAACUAAAACCAGUAAACAAAAUAACUACUAAAAUUGUGUCUAAGCCUACAAAUACAGCUUUGCCCAUUAGACGCUCUAUGAGAAUAGCAAGACAGUCUAAUCCACUAGAAACCACUAAAGAAGAUUUAGAUGACACAAACCAUUCUUAUCGUUUAAGAUCAAAACAUACUUCAUUAUUAAUUAAUGAAGAUGAAAAUGAUUCUGAAUUAAACAUAAAUGACCCUGUAGUUAUAUCAGAAGAAGACUCUGAGUUUUUUGAAAAACUUAACUCUGACUUAGCUAUAAAAGAGCCAGUUAACGACUAUCAUUCAUGUGGUAUAAGGAGAUUUACUAAAGUAUUAAAAAGCCUUUCCAUUAAUGAAAUGCCAAUGAAAGUCAUUAAUGACCGUAUUUAUUCACUUGCCAUCCAUCCUUCAGAAAGCUCACUGAUUAUUGCUGCUGGUGAUAGAAAAGGGAAUAUAGCAUUAUUUAAUCAAAAAGAAACUGAUGCGAGAGAGUAUCGGGUACACCAUUCACCGGUUAACUGCCUAUCGUUUUGCUCUUGGGAUCCUUACAAGUUAUUCUCUACUAGCCAUGAUGGAUCGGUCAGAUGUGGUGACAUUGUCAAACGUACAUUUGACACUAUUUACACAUCUAAUUUGUGGCCAAGUGGUUCAAACAAAGACAGCCAUGUAACAUGGCAUUCAGAGUACGAAAGAAACCUCCUAAUAGGUUGUGGUUCUGGUGAUGUAGACUUGAUAGAUACACGCACUCCAAUGAAAGUCCAGGGUAGAGCUAGUUGUCAUCAGAGAUCAGUGCGCACGGUCCAGUCGCACCCUUUGGAAAAACAUUAUUAUUUAACUUCAUCCGGAGUGGGAGAAGUAUUGUUAAUGGACGUAAGGAAAAUGACAACAGAAAAAGUCGAUCCAGUUCUAAGGUUUGAUCAUCCCAGAGCAUUAACAAGUGCAUUCUUCUCGGCGACUGGUAUAAACAUGGUUACGACUUGUAAUGAUGAUCAAUUAAGAAUUUUUGAUACCAGUCAAUUGACCACUGCUUCGGAAGCUGUACGCACCAUCCCUCAUGACAAUCACACUGGUCGUUGGAUUUCGGUGUUCAAAGCUAAAUGGCAGCCAGGCAGAGAUGACACUUUUUUUAUCAGUUCUUUGUUAAAACCUAAAAGAAUGCAAGUUUAUGAUUCCAAGGGAGCAUUGUUACAUGCACUUAUAGCGGAUGAUGUUAUGACAACCUACUGUCCAGUAAUUGAAGUCCACCCUUCACAAGCCAUAUAUGUAGGAGGAAACGCUUCUGGAAAAUUACAUAUAUUUAGCACAGAGAAACAACUACAGUAGUUUGUAAUUAUACACAAACGCCUUCUCAUAUUGAGAUCAAACGUCUUAAUACUUUAUAAGAAAUUUUACUCUUAUUUAUACUUAUUUAUGCUCAUAGUUAUUUUAUUAGAAAAAAAUCCUAUACUCGAGAGUAUUUUAAUUGAAAACGAGAAAAUAAAUUAAAUAUUUAACUAUCAUUUGUUUAAUUUAUACAAACAUUCGAAUGUAUUGUAAAAACAUUUUUAAAAUAAAAUAAGUUAUUCUACAUAUCACUA